CAUUUGUAAUCCGAAUGGUCCAUCAUAUCUUAGGAAACGAAACAUUUUGGAAGGGUAUAAAUAAUUACCUGACUGCCAAUUCUUACAGCAACGUGGAAGAAUAUAAUUUAUGGAAAUAUUUAACAGAAGCACAAAAUACCAAUUCCAAAAUUAAUUUAACGGAGGUGAUGGCUCCUUGGGUGCAUCAUAAAAGUUUCCCCAUUAUUUCUGUCACUAGAGAUUACGAGAAGCACAAUGCACUUAUAAUUCAAUCUUCUGCAUCUUCCGAGAAUAAUGAGUAA